UCUAUCCCAACCUUAAUACCACAAACAACCUCACACCUAGGAUAUUCGGUUGUACAUCAUUUGUUCAUGUUCACAGUCAUAAUAGGGGAAAGUUGGAUCCGAGAGCAAUUAGGUGUAUCUUUGUGGGGUAUUCAUCAACUCAGAAAGGGUAUAAAUGCUAUCAUCAUCCUACCAAAAAGUUCUAUGUGUCUGCAGAUGUCACUUUUGAAGAAAGUAAACCAUUUUUUACUCAACCUUAUCUUCAGAGGGAGACAUCAUUUAUAAAAGAUAAGGAUAAAGACUUCUUUUUGCUUGACUUUUCAUCCUCCUCCAAAACAGUUUCACCCAUUAAUUCUUUUGAGCCUAAACCCAUUUCUUCAGAGUCCAAGUCAAACACUGAUUCUAAAUCUGAACUCAUUCCAAACAUAGAAGUUGUGACUAAGGAUAAUACUAUUCUUGAUUCUGUGAAAGAAUUACAGGUGUACUCAAGAAAGAAAGUUUCAGUUCUUGAACCAGUGUAAAUCCAAGAACCUGAUCCUAACUCUGGAAAUGAGAGAUGGUUGUGCCAGAGGUUGACAAAAAACUGCUUGAAGAACUGGAAGCAAUGGGUUUCCCUACUGCAUGAGCAACUCGUGCACUCCAUUUUUCUGGUAAGGCCACUUAUCAUUCUUCUUGAAGUGCUAUAGCUUACUUUUUUUUUCUUUUCUCACUUUCCUGCCAGGUUGUAAAUCUUAAUACUUUCUGUGUUGGAAUGUAAAUGUCAGGUUUUGAAUUUUGCCAUCUAAUAUUGUGUUUGCUGAAUGUUCAGCGCCAUGUUAAAAUGCUUUACCAGUUUAACGCCAUAAUCUACCAAUCUUUUCUUUACGUAAAGAUUAGUCUUAAAAAAGUGAAUUGUUUUCAAUUUCAAAAAGUGCAAUUGACUUGUUUCAGUAUUCUGUUAUAAAAUUUCUUGUACCAAUAAGGCCAACUAACAACUUUUUGCAAUUAACAUUCUUGAUUUUGAUACUACAUACCCAAAUAUGGAAAAAAUAAUGUGUUCAUCUAAAGUUUCAGACGGUGCAGAUAAAGGUGCGAGCUGAUGGAAUCUUUGUUGUUGUGUAAAUGUUGAAUUUCUCUUCUUCAGGUAAUACAAGCCUCGAGGCUGCUGUGAACUGGGUAGUUGAACAUGAGGCUGACCCAGACAUAGAUCAAAUGCCCAUGCUACCCGUCAACAAAAUUGUUGAGGCACCUAAACCUUCUCUUACACCAGAAGAGAUGAAGCUCAAAGCACAAGAGCUAAGGGAGCGGGCUUGGAAAAAGAAAGAAGAAGAGGAGAAGAGAAUGGAAAGAGAAAGGGAAAAGGAGAGGAUUCGAGUGGGCAAGGAGUUGUUGGAAGCAAAACGUAUUGAAGAAGAAAAUGAGAGAAAACGUUUGUUGGCCCUGCGAAAAGCAGAGAAAGAGGAAGAGAAAAGAGCUAGGGAAAAGAUUCGUCAGAAAUUGGAAGAAGACAAGGCAGAGAGAAGGCGGAGGCUUGGGCUGCCACCAGAGGAGCCUGCCACUGUGAAACCUUCUGCACCUGUUGUGGAGGAGAAAAAGAGCUCAUUGCCAAUUAGGCCUGCCACAAAGGCAGAGCAAAUGCGAGAGUGUUUGCGAUCUCUCAAGCAAAAUCACAAGGACGAUGAUGCCAAAGUGAAGAGAGCAUUCCAAACUCUGCUUACAUAUAUAGGAAAUGUGGCCAGGAAUCCGGAUGAGGAGAAAUUUAGAAAAAUUAGACUGAAUAAUCAAACUUUCCAGGAUAGAGUUGGUUCUUUAAAAGGAGGUAUCGAGUUCUUCGAGAUCUGUGGGUUUGAGAAAGUUGAAGGGGAUCAGUUCCUAUAUCUAUCAAGGAACAAGGUUGACAUGCAAGUGCUGAACUCAGCUGGAUCUGAGCUGAACUCUGCAACAAACAAUCCUUUUUUUGGGGUACUUUAAGUUGAAAACAGAUUCAUAAACUGUAGAGUGUUCUUUAAUUUCUUUUUUAUAUUUAAAGUUGUCAGGAUUUAAAUUGUAACUAGAACUAAAAGUGUAGUACUCUAUCAACAGUCAACGCGACUGUUAGCAAAUGUUCUUUAAUUUCAAUCUUAAAAAAAGGUAUACGUUUAU